UCGAACAGCGUAGCUGGCUAGCCGUGCUUGAUUCCCGCCAUGGACAUUUUAUCUCGACAGUACGGCAGCGGACGAGGAUGGGAGGGGAGGAUUCUCCGCGAGAGAAAUCCGCGUUAACAGCUUCUCCGCCUCGGGAAAAGCAUGCCUUUGGUACCCGUGCUGAUGCAACCCUAGCCGGCUCUGCUGGGGCUACUUCUGGUAACCCGGCUUCAAGGAAUCCUCAGGAAGAUGACGAUAACGAUAGCGAUGACGACAAUAUGGCCUACAGGAUCCUCGCUCCCCCAAGCUCCGCCGCUCCUCCAGUCAGCGACGCUUUACUCGCUACAAUCCCACGCGAUAUAAUGACAGCGCCGAUCGACCCGUCUAAGCGGAAUCUUCAGUUCAAUCCGACUACGAUCAGCUGUGGACUCCUGUAGUGGGUCCCGCGCAUCCUCAUAACGCGGAUGGCCGCGCGUUAGGGUUACGAAACCACCGGCUGGGAUCCGUCCAAGACGCAGCGGUGGACUCUUUUGUCUUCGACGAACAGUACCACACGUUCCAGGCGUACGGCUACAGUGUUGACCCUGCAAGUGUAAACGGGGGCGAGGUCGUGGGUGAUAAAAAAGCAGUUGACAAUAAGGGGGGUGCUACAGUGUUUAAUGUGUCGAAACAGGAGCGGGAAAAGCGGGCUCUGGAGGUGAAAGAGGAGGAGAGGAGGAAGAAGGAGGUCGAGAAGGAGAGGAAGGAGGAGGAGAGGAAGCGAAAGGAAGAGAAGAAGAGGAGGAAGGAGGAGGAGAAAGCGAAGAAGGCUGGGAAGAAGAAGAAGCGGAAGGGGGGAGGUGGUGGGGAGGCGCAGGAGGGAGAGGAAGGGGGAGGUGGAGAGGGGGAGAUGAAUAAACGAGGACGGAAAGGGAAGGCAGUGGAGCAAGAGGAGGAGGAGUGUGAGGGAGGUGCAAAGAAGAGCAGUGAGGAGGAGAGAGAAGGGGCGGAAGAGGAAGCGGAAGAGGAGGAGAGCGAGGAAGAGGAGGAGGAGGAGGAAGAGGAGGAGGAGAGUGAGGAGAGUGAAGAGGAGGAAGAAGAAGAAGAAGAAGAGGAGGCAGUGGAGGAGGAAAUAGCCAACCCUGCGUCGGACUCAUGGCUUCGAAAAAGCUCCAAAUCACCCUGGGCAGGCAAAAAAGAGGAACCCAAGGCCGAGCUGACCGAGGAACAAAAGAAAUACGCGGAGGAGCAUGCCCUAAAAAAAGCCAAGAAGGAGAGGGGGGAUAAGGAGGAGGUGGAGGAGAAGAGUACGUUCCAUGGGAAGCAAGAGAAGGACUAUCAGGGCCGGUCUUGGAUUGCGCCUCCUAAGGACGUCCUUAAUCCCGUGCCGCCGACCCAUUGCUACAUCCCCAAGCGGUGGAUUCACACGUGGAGUGGGCACACUAAGGGCGUCAGCGCCAUCCGGUUCUUCCCCAA